CAUGGGGGAUGACAUAAAAUUAGACUAGAAAGAAGCACCACCACGUAGCAUCACUAUGAGGACGGGACAACUGGCAGUGGGACUCCUGGCUGGGAGUCUGUGCAUUUGGCUGACGAAUGCGGCAACCAGCACCACCACGACAUCGAGCUCCGCCGCCACAGCCACAACCACAACCACAACAACGGCAGCGACAACGACAACGACAACGACAACCGAGGCUACGACCUCGACAACAAGUACAACGGCAUCUACGGUUCACCGCAAAAGAGUCCGUAUAAGCAACCUGAGAUUUUCGUCAAACAGGAGGAUCCGGGCAUACAGGCGCACUACUGUUAGAAGCACUAUCAACAGAAGCCGUUUGCUCAGAAGAAGGGUCCUUGCGAGGGUGCAGAAUCGUAUUCGUUCACGGUCGAUGCCCAGGAUCAUAAAAAGGCGGCGUAAUCGGGGAUAAGCAAUGGUAUUAGCAUUCACAUAUCAAGCAAAGCAAUAAAUAUCAUUGAAAUUACACGAUAU